UGACGACAACAGAGCGAGCCAUUCGACGUGCGACUUUACCGCGAAAACGAACCUGCGUGUCCGGAAGAAGAAGCUCGGUUCAUGUCGGCUGGGUUUGACGUUCCAGUGGAGAUCUGCGCCGUGUCCGCCGCUCAGGAUGUUCUGUGAGAAAGCCGUGGAGCUGAUCAGAGAGCUGCACCGCCUCAGCGACGGACAGCUGCCCGCCUUCAAUGAGGACGGGCUCCGGCAGGUUCUGCAGGAGAUGAAGGUUCUGUACGAGCAGAACCAGAGCGACGUGAACGAGGCUAAAGGUGAAGGCCGGGCCGACCUCAUCCCGUCCAUCAAGCUGCGGCACAGCUGCCUGCUGAGGAACCAGCGCUGCCUCGCCGCCUACCUCUACGACCGGCUGCUGAGGAUCCGGGCGCUGCGCUGGGAGUACGGCAGCGUCCUGCCCGCCAACGUGCGCUUCCACAUGUGUGCAGAGGAGCUGGAGUGGUUCAGUCAGUAUAAGAAGUCGUUGGCGACGUUCAUGCGCUCUCUGGGCGGAGACGAGGGGCUGGACAUCACACAGGACAUGAAGCCGCCAAAGAGCCUCUACAUAGAGGUUCGCUGUCUGAAGGAUCACGGCGAGUUUGAGAUCGACGACGGCACCGUCAUCCUGCUGAAGAAGAACAGCCAGCACUUCCUGCCGCGGUGGAAAUGCGAGCAGCUGAUUCGUCAGGGCGUGUUGGAGCACGUCAUCUCCUGAGCCGCUGGGGAUUCUGGGAGCUGAGGAGGGGACGGUGAUGUCAUCGGUGUCCUACAAAUCUCAUCCAAUCAGGAAAACUGAAACAGGAAUAAUUUAUAGUUAAAUUACAGAGAAAUGAAAUGGGCUCGUGGAGCUGCGGACGUCCCGGGACGCCUGCAAGGAUCCCCAAACCCCCGAAACCCUCCAGACGAGUUUCCAACAAACAGCAAUAUAAAACAUUAGCUCCCAUGAUGCUUUGCGAGAGGCCAGGCAGCGGGUGUAGGACAGGACAUUUUAUUGCAGUCGGCAGUGCACUUUGAUCCAAACUGAACAUGUGAAGCAACGUGUGUCAGGAAAAUACAUAUUCAUUAAAAAAAACAGAAAUAAAACAAUAUUCCAAG